AUGUAUACGACUUUCUCAAUGAGCGGCAUGUGGAUCAACCUCAUGUUUUCCGGAGGAAUAGAUGUUGUGCUCGAAUAUUCCUCCAUUCCGGCGAUACUGGUGAGAAUAUGGAAAGAACAAUGCUCUGCCAUUAUAAGCGCGCGCUGGCUGAGUGAGCUUGUCGGAGUUACUCAGUUAGACGCUUGCUGGUCACGAGGUUACAUCACUUGUUUACAAUACUUCCUAGUGUUCCCCAAAGGAGGGCAACCAAUCCCAACCAACACCGAAGAAUACAAGGACCACAACCAGAUUGAUGAGGAGGUUGUGAUCCGCCGCUGUUGUUUGUCGGGUUUCAUUCGCCAUUUGGUUGCCAUGUCGCUGACAGCGACGUGGCACCUGGAUUCAGAGUCAGACAGGAGUAUCAGGGGGAGUAGGAAGAGCCUAGACGAUGACAACAUCGCGAUGCUUCAAGGGAAGCUCAACUCAAAACUCGACCUUUCUGCGGUUCACUCGUGGCAGCUGAUUACACCGCCAAUUGGCGCACAGGUUGAUGGCGGGUUGCCAAAUUUCCUGAUGCUCAUCAAAUCUGUCACCUGCAAGGGCUAUUCGUACGCAAAUACAGCUUGUAACCGUGCACAGUUCAAAUACUUCCAACCCCAGCUCAACCUUCCUCACUCUCACCUUCCGUCUCCGGCACCAUUCUUCUCUGUCACCACCGUCAAUAACCACCAGCACCCUGCAUCAAUCGUUCAAAUGCCCUCAACGAUGCAACGCCAGCGGACAUGCCACAUUGUCCAGAUGGUGACGACGCAAAUCAUUGUCACCGUCCCCUUGAAACAAGACAAAUGCCGACAAACGAGGACGACCAACGACGGUGAAUGUCCAGGCCAUAUUGCCAUCGGCAAUGAUCUACAACAACGAACGACGUCGAGGGGCCACGUCGUCGACGGCAAUGUGACAACUAGCAACGGACCAACGACAAUGCACGACGAACGCCGAACAACAUCGCGUCACACCCCUCCUUUUUACCUUGUUCGUGCAUCUGUUCUAGCCCGUUGUCAAAAUGCAAUCUAUUCUUUUGUUUAUGUUCUCAAAUUGAAAUAA